AUGCAAAAAACCUUGAGAAUCAGUGAUGAAGAAAAAUUCCAUCUUGCCAUGAAAGUAAAAAAAAUGUUGGAAAACGAUAAGGGCAUACUCGCUGCAGACGAAAAAUCUAGCACUCUUGAGCCUAAAUUCACAUCACACGGUAUAGCAAACACAGAAGAAAAUAGAAUCAAAUUCAGAGACUGUAUUUUCAGCACCCCUGAACUGGAAAAGUACAUUGGCGGAGUGAUUCUCAACGAAGAAACUUUUGGACAGUGUAAUAGUGAGGGGGUUUCGCUUGUUCAGCACCUUACAAGUAGAAAUAUUGAGGUGGGUGUAAAGAUGGACAAAGGUCUCAUGGACUUUGGGAGUAAUGAGAAGAUCAGUGUGGGAAUCGAGGAUUUAGAGAACAGGAUUAGAGAAGAUAAAUUCAAGGUUGCUUCAUUUUGUAAAUGGCGGUCCCUUUUCAAAAUCUCAGAGCAUAGGCCUAGCGACUCAUGCAUUGAACAAAACUGUAUUGUACUAUGUAAAUACGCCAUAAUUGCCCAAAAGCAUGGAAAAGUUCCAAUAUUGGAACCCGAAAUCAGCAUUGAGGGAUGCUAUUCCAUAGACGGCAUGGCAACAGUGGCAAAAAAGAUAUACAGUACGCUGUUUUUAUGGGCUAAUAAAAUGAACCUGUUUCUGCCUGGCAUACUGCUGAAGUGUAGUUUUAUAACUGAGGGCAGCAGAUACACACACGUGCAACAACCAAUGGACGUUGGUGCUAUAAAUGUAUCGGUUAUUGCUGAGAGUGUUCCAUGGGCUUUGGGUGGGGUUUUAUUCCUCAGUGGGGGCCAUUCCACUGAAGAGUCCUUCGAAAUACUAUCCCUAAUACAUAAAUACAACACGUACAAAGGUCUUGUGCUUAGCUUUAGUUUUUGUAGAGCACUUACAGGAUGCGUUCUCGAAGUGUGGAGUGGAAACAAUAGAAACAUCAAGGAAGCACAGAGAAGGUUUUUAAGUAUAGUCAAAGAGUGUAAUAAGUCGAAUAGGAAGAAUGAGGAUUUAUGUAAUCAAUAA